CGGGAUGCCUUUCUGCGUGUGAGCACAUGUAUAAAAACGAGAAGGUCCAGCAGACGCUGGAGACUCAGAGCCAGACGCAAACAGGACUGCAGCAAGAGGAUUGUGUGUUCCCCCUCAGAACUGGAUUAUAAUCUCACCCGGAAUACUCUGACACACAGAACCGAACCUCGUCGCUGCACACGUAUGAUGAGCAGGCGUACCUAAGUGACCACGCAGCUCACCGGCCGAACAGGCAGCUCACCCACCUCCCGGCCAUGGUCGGCAUCAAACCCACGGACGUCGCGCCCGGUGCUGCCAUCAAGGUGAUCGGCGCGGGCACGGCGGCCUGCUUCGCCGACCUCAUCACCUUCCCGCUGGACACGGCCAAAGUGCGACUGCAGAUCCAGGGCGAGGGUGUCGGGCUGCAGGGGCCCGGGGCCCUCCGCUAUAAGGGCGUGUUCGGGACCAUCACCACCAUGGUACGGACCGAGGGGGCCCGUAGCCUCUACAACGGCCUCGUGGCGGGGCUCCAGAGGCAGAUGAGCUUCGCCUCCAUCCGCAUCGGCCUCUACGACUCCAUGAAGGUGUUCUACACGCGCGGCUCCGACAGCGCCGGCAUCGUGGUGCGGCUGAUGGCGGGCUGCACGACGGGGGCCCUGGCGGUGGCGCUGGCCCAGCCCACCGACGUGGUGAAGGUGCGCUUCCAGGCCCAGGCGAGGCUAGAGGACGGAGGGAGGAGGUACAACGGCACCAUGGACGCCUACCGCACCAUCGCCCGCACCGAGGGGGUCCGGGGCCUCUGGAAAGGCUGCCUGCCCAACAUCACCCGCAACGCCAUCGUGAACUGCGCCGAGCUGGUGACCUACGACCUCAUCAAGGAGCUGAUUCUGAAGCACAACCUGAUGACAGACAACCUGCCGUGCCACUUCUCGGCCGCCUUCGCGGCGGGCUUCUGCACGACGGUGGUGGCGUCGCCGGUGGACGUGGUGAAGACGCGCUUCAUGAACUCGGAGCCGGGCCGCUACGACGGCGCCAUGCGCUGCGCGCUCACCAUGUUCCGGAAGGAGGGGUUCUCCGCCUUCUAUAAGGGCUUCGUGCCGUCCUUCCUGCGGAUGGGGUCCUGGAACGUGGUGAUGUUCGUGUCCUACGAGCAGAUCAAGCGAGGCCUGUCGCGGGCGCAGCAGUCCUGGGAGGCUCCGUCGUGAGCUCCCUGGUCCUUCACUCAAACCUUUCCCCCGCUGAGGGCGGAGACCCAGACCACUAGGCUGGUUGAGGGGCAGGUACGACCUCCACCGCAGACCCCAGGGCAACCAGGACCCCCUCCCCCCCCCCCCCCCCCCCCAGGGAUGGAGACCCGAGCCUCAAUGACUCAGAGCCUCAGAGACUGAGAGACUGAAGGACUCAGGACCUGAAGAUACCAGAGGAACAUCUGGAAGGAGGGGCCCGAUCGCGGGCGGGGUCCUCCAGAUGGGUAUUACAGGACAUGUCGUUUUUAUAUUUAGGGGUUAUCCGACGUGUGUAACCGAGAUGGUCUGUGUUUGUUACCAGUUUUGUGGUAGUUUUUUUUUGUUUUUGUUUCAGUGCGUUUUGUAUUGUUUAGCUCAUGGGAACCUUGCUAGGAUCGGACUGGUCUUACACCUGGCGAGGGCCGUAGACUGGGAGGGAUGGGACUGGGACUGGUCUUACACCUGGCGAGGGCCGUAGACUGGGAGGGAUGGGACUGGGACUGGUCGUACAGCUUGAAGGGGCCUUUUUUUUUGUUUAAGGUAUUAAGUAUUAUUUAAAGGAUUGUAUUGUAACCACUGUAUUAUGGACUGUUGAACUGAGUUAAUGUUUACAGGUGUUUGUACAAACAGGUGUUUUUACAUUCUAAUAUCCAUGUUCAAACUGGAGUUGAAACUUUUCUAUGAAACAAUACUUACUGCUGGUCAAUAAGUCGAUGUGCAAAUAUUAUAUAUGAAUAAUGUCCUAAAGAAUAUGUAUAUAGGUCAAAGUGUGGAUUAAUAAAUACUUCCAAUUAUG